UUUUUCCCUGGCAACAAGGUUUCAUUCCUCCAUUAAAAUCCCAUUUUUCCUUUCCCAUCCACAGCUGACUGCCCCCCAUCCUUUUCUCCCUCCUUGCACCAACCUUUUUUCCCCAAUAAUCCCAAUCAUCUUUCAAUCCACGUAUUCACAGGACAGAUCUGUGACAAAAAAACAGGAAAAAGGACAAAACAAAACCGAAUUAUUGUUCUAUCCAGUUCCAACCUUUGAAAGAAAAGGAGAAAGAAAGGGGAUCAGUUUUCAUUUUCUUCAAUCUUUGUUUUUUACAAUUACUGUCGCCAUGGGCAGCUCAGCCUCUCGUCCCCAUUCUUUUAUCAGCGAACAACAAAAUCCCUCAAUUUCUUCUUCUUCUUUUGCAAUCCCUGUUUCAAGAACUCUUUCUCUGCCUACCCCUUUAGUCCACCACCCACCAUUAUGCAAAGGGGAUUCCAAUCACUUUGUUUCCCUCACCUCCACCACCUAUGGUUCGAUUACGCUAAUCGACUCCCCAAAUGUCAAUUUCACCGAACAAGAUUUUGGGAACUCUGAGGACUCUUUAUCCCCAGACUCAGUUAUCAACACUUGGGAGCUAAUGGAAGGCCUUGAUGAUGAUGAAUUCAAUUUCCACAUCAUUGACUCCCCCCAAAAACUCAGCAAUACUGAGAUGGAUGCAAGUGAGAUAAUGAAAUCCUAUGAGUUUGUGAAGCACGCAGAGUCUGAGUCUAAGCCAUUGUGGAGGCACUUAUCCGAGGAAUCUUUGCUAGCCAAAAUGGAUUCCAAUGUGGUCUCUAGUUAUCAAAAGGCGUUGUUGGCUAGACAACAUGGAUGUGACAUGUCCCCAGGUAUUUCUAAACCCAAAAAGAUUGAAGCUUUGGAGUUCAAUAAUGCCAGUUCUUUGGUAUCCUGCAGUACUGAUUCGAGUUGUUUAUUGGGUGCUGAUGAUAGAAUUGUAUUGUACUAUACUACUUUAAGGGGUAUUAGGAAGACUUAUGAGGAUUGUUGUGCGGUUCGGGUGAUUUUUAGGGGCUUUAGAGUGUGUCUAGACGAAAGGGAUCUUUCUAUGGACUUGUCUUACAGGAAUGAAUUGAAGGAUGCUUUAAAAGGGAAGGCAAUAAGCUUGCCAAAAGUGUUCAUUAGGGGGAAGUGCAUAGGUGGUGCAGAGGAAAUUAAGCAGCUUAAUGAUACAGGAGCGUUGGCUAAGCUUGUGGAAGGUUUUCCACUUAUGGAUUUGGGGUUUGUUUGCAAGAGUUGUGGGGAUGCAAGAUUUGUGCCAUGCCCAAAUUGCAACGGGAGUCGGAAGUUUUAUGAAGAUGAAGGAGGGAAAUUGAUGGGGUGUUUUAAUUGCAACGAGAAUGGUUUGAUUCGGUGCACUGGCUGUUGC